GUAAGGUUCCUUGGUUUAUUUACUGUUACUACUACUGGUGAUAUUAAUAUUAAGGUAAGGUUCCUAGGUUUAUUUACCAUUACUUCUAUUGGUGAUAUUAAUAUUAAGGUAAGGUUCCUUGGUUUAUUUACCAUUACUUCUACUGGUGAUAUUAAUAUUAAGGUAAGGUUCCUUGGUUUAUUUACUGUUACUACUACUGGUGAUAUUAAUAUUAAGGUAAGGUUCCUUGGUUUAUUUACUGUUACUACUACUGGUGAUAUUAAUAUUAAGGUAAGGUUCCUUGGUUUAUUUACUGUUACUACUACUGGUGAUAUUCAUAUUAAGGUAAGGUUCCUUGGUUUAUUUACUGUUACUACUACUGGUGAUAUUAUUAUUAAGGUAAGGUUCCUUGGUUUAUUUACUGUUACUUCUACUGGUGAUAUUAAUAUUAAGGUAAGGUUCCUUGGUUUAUUUACUGUUACUACUACUGGUGAUAUUAAUAUUAAGGUAAGGUUCCUUGGUUUAUUUACUGUUACUACUACUGGUGAUAUUAAUAUUAAGGUAAGGUUCCUUGGUUUAUUUACUGUUACUUCUACUGGUGACAUUGAUAUUAAGGUAAGGUUCCUUGGUUUAUUUACUGUUACUACUACUGGUGAUAUUAAUAUUAAGGUAAGGUUCCUUGGUUUAUUUACCAUUACUUCUACUGGUGAUAUUGAUAUUAAGGUAAGGUUCCUUGGUUUAUUUACUGUUACUACUACUGGUGAUAUUAAUAUUAAGGUAAGGUUCCUUGGUUUAUUUACUGUUACUACUACUGGUGAUAUUAAUAUUAAGGUAAGGUUCCUUGGUUUAUUUACUGUUACUUCUACUGGUGACAUUGAUAUUAAGGUAAGGUUCCUUGGUUUAUUUACUGUUACUACUACUGGUGAUAUUAAUAUUAAGGUAAGGUUCCGUGGGUUAUUUACUGUUACUACUACUGGUGAUAUUAAUAUUAAGGUAAGGUCACUUGGUUUAUUUACUGUUACUACUACUGGUGAUAUUAAUAUUAAGAUUGGUAGUGGUACAGUGAAAACAGUAGGAGAAGAAUUAGAUGCUAUACAACUAUCAAUAUUCUCUCAUAGAUUUAUGAGUAUUGCUGAACAGAUGGGCAG